UGACGUAUGAGGUUUCCCGGUUCUCCAGAUAAGAAUAUCAGAAAGGUAAGAAAAUUUGAUACACAAUUAGCCACUGAAAGUAACCAGGUUGGAGAAAAUCACCAGCUAUAUCGGAUUCCAACUCUCCUACAGACAUUGUAACUGGUUCAACUACCAUGGUUUUGAAUAUAAGUUCGGUCUGCCUUGUCCUUUACAUCCUCUCCCUAGAUACCUAGGCACCUCCUGCUUCCAUGUUUCAAUCACUGAAUCUAAACAGGGAAGCAGGAGGUGCAUUCAUUACCUCUAAGAUCAAUGAAAUUUUUAUAUUUAGAGAGCUAGCAAGGUAUUUAUUUCUUCACAAUGUGGACUGCGGCAGAACACAAUGUUAAGGUAAAGUGAAAGUGAAAGUAAGAAAUAAAUAUUGUAGCGAAGUUCAAUGAAAUCCAACAAGAUCAAUACAAAGUUCCACACUAUAAAAUAUACAAUUUCAUGUGUGUUGAGAGAGUUGCAUUUAUAUACAUAUCAUCAUCAUCAUCAUCAUCAUCAUCAUCAAAUGUUAAUGGAAUUUAACAAACAUAAAAUAAAGUUAAGAGUCCUAUUUUCAACUAUAGGAUGUUUGUAAUGGUAAUGGCUCUACCCAAUGAGUGUUUGUUUAAACAGGAGCUUCUUGUUGUUGCCUCCUAUUAAGAGACUCAAACUGUGUUAUAAGCGGCCUCCAUUUCUCUUCAAACAUGUUCAACAAAAACUCAGCCAUACUAUGCAAUCAUGCCCCCACAGGGUUAUACAACAUCGCAUUGUUAAAAGUAAGUCUCACGUGUUCAGCAAACUUCAAGGGUGACGUGUAACAACUCUUACUCAACUUACUCUUCAACUGUCCCCAAAUCCAUAUUAACGAUAGUGUGGUAAGGUAAUCAUGUAAACCAAGCUUAGCCCCAUCCACUGGCGUGUUGAAAAUUCAUCCGAACUUAUGUUUCACCAGCAAAACUGUUGCAGUUCUUUAGAAUCUGGACUGUAUACCUUUGUUUGCUGUUUUCAGCUUCUUGUCAGGCACUGGAGUCUCCGCGCGAGCUCGAGACCAAAGCCUCCGACGAUAUUUUUAGCUCGCUUGAUCAAGCUUCUAACUUUUUCAAUCUCAAAUAUUAGUUUCCGCUUCAUGUUCCUGACUUCAAGCUUCGAAAAUGAGCUCAGGCUUAUCUUCGUCAUCUGGUGAUGAUUAUUCUCUUGACCCAAGCGAACUCAACGGCCUGUCCUGCCUCGCCGACAUGGUGGGCUUGGGUCGUUUUAGGCUUUUGAUGUCACUGUCGCUCCGUUUAUACUUGGCCUUGGAAACUUCACUGUCAUGUUGACUAAUUCUCUGAAGUCUGAACGGAUAACAAAGUCCUACGAAGCAACUGUGAGGAGUUGCGCGGCGUCGUGAGAAUAGCAUAGACACACGCGCUCUAAACUCUCAUCCACGUGUGUAAAGUACUAAAGUGUGAAUUAUGCAAUAACGCUCACGUGUCUCGGAUAAAUAACAAACUGGAACUAACUGGAAAGAAAAGUCAGACGCUUGUCCCCGGUUUAGUCGUAAAUUCCAGUUUAUUGAAAGAGAUUUGACUUUUAUUUUCUUAAUUGAUUAUUAUUUUUAUUACAAAAUACUCCCUCCGUUCUUAAAUGAUUAGAAAAAUAUUUUGUUUCUAAAAGAUUCAUAUUUUACAUUUUCAAUUUAUGUAAUAAUGGUAAAUUAUAAACUUUAAAAACAUUAAUUGUGUUUACUGAAUUUUAAUUGGUCAAAAGUCAUAGAAAAUAGCUAAACACAAAAAAUAAUACAUUUAUUAUCAAAUUUUAAGUGUUUUGUUAAUAAGUGUGAAAAUUCUAAAACAUUGAUCAUUUAGGAACAGAGGGAGUAAUAACUAUUAUAUAGACAAUUUUUUACAAAUGAUAUUUUGUUUAGGUUACCAAAAUUUAUAUCUAACGAUUCUAUGUAUUCACUAUUUUAAAUCGCUUUUUAAAAAAAAAAGAUUUAAUAAAUCAUUUUUAACUCAAAAUCUAUAUACGUAGUGUAAAACCAUUAAACUGCUUUCAACCCAUGGACUUAACACACAAAGAGAUUUGACUUAGAAAUCAUAUAAAAAUAGCUAAGCCAUGUGCAGUUCCAUGGAAACUCGAACUCUGAAAUUAAAUUCGAGAAAGAUCCGAAUUUUAAGCAAAGAAUCAUCUUUAAUACGUGCAAUCAGAUUUACACAUACACAACAACAAUAACAAAAAAGAGUAAACCAAGAAAAUGGCUUUCAAGAAUCAUUCUUCAAGAACAGUUUAUACUUCUUCUUCACUUCCUUUCAGAUUCACACCAACCAUUAUAUUACUACUCAUCUUCUGUACUUCUUACUACAUCUUCUCACAGCUCGAUCACUCUCCGUUGACUUCUUCAGCGGAAAAUCCUCCCUUCGCUGGAGAUCUUCGAGACCUAACAUCCCCAUGGAACAAACUCUCUUUCGGAUCAAUCUCCGAGAAGCUAAAACUCGCCGUCUUCUGCAAAUCAUGGCCCGUUGGUUCGAUCCCCGGAGGGAUGGAGCGUCACGCAUACACUCUCUACACUUCUCUCGCCUCAAGAGGCCACGAGGUUCACGUCUUCACGGUUUCUUCCGACAGAAGUAACCGUUAUGAAAACCAAGAAGAGUAUUACAACAAAGGAGAUCUACACAUCUACUUUGCCCCAAACGAAAACGGUGCACUUAACAUCUCUCAUGCCUUCGAGAUCUUCCACAGAAUCAACGGUGUAGAUCAUCCUUUCGACUAUGUUCACACGGAGAGCGUUGCUCUUCCUCAUUGGCGAGUCAAGAUGGUGCAUAAAGGUGACGUGGCUGUGACAUGGCAUGGCAUUUGGUACGAGAUUAUGCAUUCUAAGCUUUUUGAAGAGCUUUAUUACUCGAAUGAGCAUCCUAUCUCCGAUCUUGAUCACACAAUGCCUAGACUCGUCGAUGAAAUCAGAUUCUUCCCGGCUUAUAAACAGCACAUUUGCAUAAGCAACAGCGCGCGUGAGGUUCUUGUUAACAUCUACCAGCUUCCUAAGAGAAACGUUCAUGUGAUAGUCAACGGCGUUGACCAGACUAAGUUCGUGUACUCCCCUGAAGCUGGAGCUAGGUUUAGGGCGAAACACGGUGUUCCGGAAGGUAAUGGGACAGUUAUUGUGAUGGGUGUGUCUGGACGUUUGGUGAGAGACAAAGGACAUCCACUUCUGUACGAAGCGUUUGCUUUGAUCGCUAAAACGCACCCUCAAGUGUACCUCCUUGUGGCUGGAUCUGGUCCUUGGGGGAAAAGAUACGCGGAGCUUGGUGAUCACGUUAGGGUUUUAGGGUCUUUAGAGCCUGAAGAGCUCUCUGGUUUCUACAACGCUUUGGAUGUGUUUGUGAAUCCAACGUUGAGACCUCAAGGGCUCGACUUGACGAUCAUUGAGGCAAUGCAGUGUGGGAAACCUGUUGUGGCGCCGAACUACCCGAGCAUUGUUGGGACGGUGGUUGUGGACGAGCGUUUUGGGUAUACGUUUUCUCCAAACGUGAGGUCUCUUGUUGAGACGUUGGACUCUGUUGUAAGUGAUGGGUCUAGGGUUUUGGAGAUGAAGGGGAAAGCUUGUAAGGAUUAUGCUAUUUCAAUGUUUACAGCUACUCAGAUGGCUUCAGCUUAUGAGAGAUUCUUUAUGUGUAUGACUAAUGAGAGGUUUUGUAGGUACCCUCUUCCUAUAGACAGUUGAUUUUUUUUCAAUGAUUUUGUAAGUUACUUUGAUUCAUAUCUUUUGUAACAAGAUACGUGAUCUCUUGUAUUACACAGUUUCAUACUCUUUAUUUACACAAUACACACACCUACAAGUUUUAGUGGAUCUAGUAACGAAAUUAUAAGCGUUUAUUUAUUUGGAUUAAUCAACUUAAUAGUCAUUACUGUUAUUGCUGGUUAUUUUUUUUUUUUUUUUUGGUCAAACAACUUUCAUUGAAACUUAAAAGAGUUCAACUCCAUCAAUGGAGGAUACAAUAAGGCUACAAGGAGCCAAACAAACCAAAGCAUAGACCAAUACACUGGACAAGGAAAUGAGAAAGCUUAAACAACAAGUACUCAAAUAAAAGCUUAAAGAUAGAGGUGAUAUCACGAGUUCAACCACCGUUGUCUCCGAAAGAGGGCAGUCAAAUAAGAAGACUUCUUCAAAUUGACAUUCUUCUUCGAAACAAUAAAGGGGAGGGAUGAAACCCUCCAUGGUCAAAGAGGUCAGAUAGUUGACACCAUCUAAACGAGAGACGAUAAACAUCUUCGCUUCUGCUUCAAACAGAACCAUCUUCAAAACAAUGCUCCCUAUAACAAUUUCACUAGUGACAAGUGAUAGAUGUGGGAGGAAAAACAACUCCUUAAAGGAGAAAGGAGGGCAAUUAAAGCCCAAACAAACCAGAUUUGCUGGAAGGAUACAUAACUUAAGAACUUUCACUCCAAGCUGCCACAGGAGGAGAGAAUGCCAUAUCAUUACAAAAGCCAUUAGAGCAAAGGUGGAAGGAAGCCUGCAUACUGCAGUAAAUGGACAACUGCAUACUGCAGUAAAGGACCACACAUAGACCACAAAAGUACCAACAAAGGCCACAGUAGCAUAACUAAAUGUAACCGAAACAGUCGGGACUAACAGAGAAAAACUCGGAUCCAACAAACUCAGUUCAUAUGAAAUCAUCAAACCUAGCUUUGGAUCUGAAAACUUAUGGGGAACGGUAAGUGUGACCCAGAGAUCGUACAACUGAAGUAAACCCGUGAAAGAUAAAGUAUCAGGCGGAGGGUCAGGAGGAACCGGUGGAUCUGGAGGAUUUGACGGGAGAGCAACCUUCAACUUCGGAUCUGGUGGAUCUGAGGGAGGGCGUGGAAGUGAAGCUGGACCUGAUACGAGCGGCGCCAUGGACGGAGAGGAAGGGAAGAGGAAGAAGCUUCUCGUUGAUACGCGUGAGGCGAGACCAACGGCGGCGAAAGGGUGGUGAAACCCUAAUCGCCUUUGCUAUCCCUUUUUUUAGAGAGCGUUUGCCACAUGUUUAACAAAAUCUGAAUCUCAUUGCUGGUUAUUUUUUAUGUGUUCAUAUCUUUAGAUAUGAAGUGGAUUGGGUAAACAACGGAAUAUCUAAUAAUAAUAAAAAACAAGCACUCUUGGCCAAAUGAUCAGCGUUUGAGUUGAUUAUUCGAAAUGCAGUAAGAAAAAACAUGAAAACGCCUCU